UCAUCUAGUGGAACGCACCCAAUAGCUCCUCAAACUUUAGCGUUUUGUAGGCAGCGCAUAAGCGCAGCUUUGGUUCUGUUCCGUAAUAUGUUUGAAAGCGGUUUGGAAUUACCUAUACAUCUUCUGUCAAAUACCCGGUUAAAUAUUCGCAAUGCAAAGUGACAUUUGUAACAGCGGAACAUGGGUUUUAUUGAGGACACUUUUGUGAUUCUUGUCACACAGGUGAUUUUUUUCUUUGGAGGAUGGGUGUUCUUUGUGAAGAAAUUGUUCAGGGAUUACGAAGUUCAUCAUAGAUUAGUGCAACUAAUUUUCUCAACAACAUUUUCAUUGUCAUGUACUAUGUUUGAAUUAAUUAUUUUUGAAAUAGUAGGAGUACUUGAUUCAAGUUCUAGAUAUUUCCAUUGGAAUGUUGGCCUCUAUAUGCUUCUAUUUAUGGUGAUAGUUCUGAUACCAUUUUAUAUAGCGUAUUUUAUCAUUAGCAAUAUCAGAUUUGUAAGACUGAAUCUAAUACGGCCACUGACAGUUGUUGUGUACUUUUUCUAUCUCUACUUGUUUUGGAAAGUGGGCGAUCCUUUUCCUAUACUGAGCCCUAAAAAAGGAUUGCUGUCUAUAGAACAGGGUGUUAGUCGAAUAGGAGUCAUCGGUGUUACGGUGAUGGCUCUUCUCUCAGGAUUUGGUGCUGUUAAUUAUCCGUACACUUCAAUGGCUUAUUUUAUGCGACCGGUCUCUUAUGCAGAUGUGCAGUCUAUAGAGAAACGAUUGAUGCAGACUAUAGAUAUGAUUAUUGCGAAAAAGAAACGAAUUGCGUUAGCCAAAAAGGGCGAAUCUGUUGAACAAACCGAAACUCGAUCUCGACUGUGGGGAAUGUUAAGACCACUGGGUGUUGCACAAAGAAACCAAGAAACUAUAAAGCAAUUACAGUACGAAGUUACCGCUCUGGAAGAGUUAUCGCGACAAUUAUUUUUGGAAGCGCACGACAUACAAAAUGCGAGAGAACGUUUGGAAUGGGCCGCUACUUGGCAAGGAAAAUAUUUCAAUUUCCUAGGUUAUUUCUUCUCUUUAUACUGCACUUGGAAAAUAUUUAUUUCCACGAUUAACAUAGUAUUCGAUCGAGUUGGUAAGAAAGAUCCUGUGACCAGAGGAAUCGAGAUCGCAGUACAUUGGAUCGGUUUCAAUAUUGAUGUCACAUUUUGGUCGCAGCACAUUUCUUUUUACCUCGUCGGCUGUAUUGUCGUAACGUCCAUACGUGGACUGUUGUUAACUCUGACAAAGUUUUUCUACGCUAUAUCGAGCAGUAAGUCAUCAAAUAUCAUUGUACUAAUAUUGGCUCAAAUAAUGGGAAUGUACUUUGUGUCUUCUGUGCUUCUUAUGCGAAUGAAUAUGCCAGCGGAAUAUCGCAUUAUAAUAACGCAAGUUCUAGGAGAGUUACAAUUCAAUUUUUAUCAUAGAUGGUUCGAUGUUAUAUUUUUGGUAUCGGCGUUAUCGUCACUAGUGUUUUUGUACUUAGCUCAUAAACACGCACCGACGGAACACAUAUAACGAAGUAAAAAUACUUUUUAUUGAA